AGAUAGUGUCGCGACCCGAGAGGACAUAUUACCGGCUAGCGAUGGCCUCGACGCCGAAGUCGGAGAAGCAUGCAGAAGUCGAGGAGCGGCCCGGCGGGAAGGCGCGCGGCGGUAAACUUGCGCGUCGUGCGCGCUCCUUCAAGGAGGACUUCCUGGAGAAGCUCUCGCAGAUGCGUUCUCCCGGCAGCGGUGGCGGUGGUGGCGGGGGCAGCGGUGCCGCGACGCGUGCCGCCUCCCCCUCCUCCCCACGGACGCCCCGUGACAAAAGCGCGCCAGGCUGCACCGAGACCACGACGGCCACCCUCGAGAAGAAUCCCCUGCGUGAUCUGCACAUCCACGUGCGACAGGUGCAGCUGGCACUGCUCCACUUCAGGGACGUCGUGUCGAAGAAGAAGCUCGAGAUGCUGCCGGGUAAUGGCACCAUCGUACUCGACACCGUCACCACGAUACACACCGUGCUCAAGUCCUAUCUACUCUACGAGAACAGCUCCACUCUGGGUUCAGCGACAAACCAAGUGUAUCAGGCGCUAGCGCAACUGUUAAAGCUCUGCGACGAUGUGCUGCUGCACGGCGAUCAGUCAUCAGCGUUGGACACUGAGAACGUGACGCACAUCAUAGGAUUAGUCGAAGAUGCCGUGAAAAAUUUGGUUGGCCUUGCGAACGAAAAAAUCACGAACAGACAGAAACCCGCGGCCGUCACCACCAGUAACAGAACGUCGGGUUAUGGGUCGGAAUUGACGCCACAAAGAAAUUCCUUACCCGAUAUUCCGCUAACCCCGAGGGAACGGCAGAUUUUAGAGCAGACCGCUGCGACUACUAGUCUGGUCCGUAGUUCGCAUAGUUCCGAGUCGAUUUUAAGGGAUUCUAGUCCGCCCCCAAAACCACCGCUCCCCGAGAGAACUAACGUCUGUCUGUCGGAGGAAAAUAGUUCUUCCGGGACACCGCCACCAUUGCCCCCAAAGCGAAGAACGCGGGCUCAGCAACUGUUGGACGAAUCCGAAGGUCUUUUAGCAUCUAGUCUUGAUAGGGUCUCCCUCCGAAGUCGGUCUCCAGAGGAUUCGUCGUCACUUUUAAGCGCGUCCGCUGGAAGUUUGGAUUCAGCUCUGAAUCAUUCCCGCGACGAGGAUGAAAUUAGGGCGAUCAUGGGACCAAACGACGAGUCUCUGAACGACAGUAUGGAUCUCAGCCUGAUGGCUACUAUUCAAGGCAUGCAAGUUAAUGGUACUUCAAACUGUAGUUGCUGGGACGGUUCUGAGACAAGUAUACCAAGUACCAUGUUGUUGGGUCAACAAACUCCCCAAGAAAUGCUUAAUCCAUUUACCGGUAUAGAGGGCAAAAUGGAACGGUUGUCAACUCAAACGCAAGAGUCCGGUUUCGUAUCCAUGCACUCACAACGAAGUUCAUCUCAAAGUUACACCGCAUCCAGCGUCACAUCCAAACGUUCGUCCCAGCAGAGUAGCAUCAGUUAUAAUUCCCAGUUCAAUUCGCAACAGCAAUCGUUUUCCCAGACCAAGAUGUCUUCUGACAGUAACGGGUCCAUAUUCACCCAGAAGACAAUGACUAGUUCCAAAAGUACUAUUAGCACAACAAAUAUAUCUGGAAGCGGGGAUCCUACCAUGUUGGAAAAACUGGAAAUAGAAUCGAUUUCUGCAUCAGACACAAACGGCGCGCCGCCGGCUUUGCCGGAGAAACGUUCCAAACGUAGAAAAGAGCGUCAACCAUCGCAGUACGACAAUGUACCUGAGAACGAGCAUUUAUCAACCUGUAGUUUACAUACCAGUAACGGCGACAGUCCGGACGCCAGUAAACCCCCGCCGCUUCCACUUAAAAAGAGGCACAUGUUCCAAUCAGUGGCAUAUUCUGUCAUGGCAUACAUGGAGAUGUUUGGGAACUGUUCCCAUAACAACAAUGACUUCAUCUCUGGUCUUGGGACUCGCCAUUCAGUGGCAGCUUAUAAUUCGAUGCAAGCGGAAUGGCAACAACACGAAAUGGCACUUACCACAACGCAAUCAUGUUCUUUCAUGGCGCAUACCAUGACUACGUUACACGACAGAUCAAAUACCUCCAUAACUAUGACGCCGCCGGUAGCCGAAGUAACAAAUAAUUCUAGUCUCCCACCAGCAUUGCCACCAAAGAGAUCCCGUUCUAUUAAAUCAAACGCAACACCCCCACCUAUUUCACCAAAACCGACCAUCAGCAUGCAAAGUAUAAAUACAAUAGAUCCAGUGGUAACUUCAACACCCGUGAAAUCGGAAGAAUCAAUUUGUAUUCACGAGAAGAAGGACCUCACACCUUCGACUCCAGUGAAAUUGAAUAAUGUUACCUUAGAUACAAUAUUACCACCUUCAAGGCCUGCGAGUAAUGCUCUGUCAUCAAUAUCAGUUGAUGAGAACACUCUAGAAUUGAGAGAUGUUGAUCAAGAUGACAGCAUUCUGGAUGAAUUGGACAUCGGCAAAUAUUUAGUCUUCAAAAAGCCUGAUGAAGAAGGACCAGAUAUACGGGGAGGCCAUCCAGAUGCACUAUUGAUUCAUGCAACCAAAGCUAAUAAGCAUGAUGAAAAAGAGUCAGACUUUCUGUACCAAGAAGCGUUCUUAACAACAUAUAGAACUUUCAUGCAGCCACUCGAAUUGAUUCAGAAAUUACACAGACGACAUCAACGGUUUUCCUGCUCCGCUGACGUGAUUAAGCAAAGAGCAGCGCGAGAGGCGUUUUCGUUAUUAGUUCGAGUUGUCAGUGAUUUGACUAUGUCGGAUCUCGAUGAUACUCUCCUACAAACCUUAAUGGAAUUCGUACAACAAUUAGUAUGUAGCGGUGAUUUGACCAUGGCGAAGGCUCUAAGAGUUAAAAUAUUGGAAAAGCAUCAAGCGAAACAGUUACAAGCAACGCAACCAAUACUUUCGUCGCUGAGCGUGACAACGAAGCAAGCUUCUCUUCUCGAUUUUAAGAGCGAGCAAAUCGCUGAACAAAUGACGCUGUUGGACGCGGAUCUAUUUAUGAAAAUCGAAAUACCAGAAGUGUUGAUUUGGGCCCAGGAACAGAAUGAGGAACGAAGUCCGAAUCUGACCAGGUUCACAGAACACUUCAACAAAAUGUCGUACUGGGCCAGAUCGAGGAUAUUGGAGCAUCGGUUAGAAAAUGAAGCGAAGGAUAGAGAGAAAUACGUGGUUAAAUUUAUUAAAAUAAUGAAGCACCUUAGAAAGAUAAAUAACUUUAAUAGCUAUUUAGCAUUGCUUUCUGCACUGGAUAGCGCGCCUAUUAGAAGGCUCGAGUGGCAGAAGCAUAUUACUGAAGGUUUAAAGGAAUAUUGUGCUCUUAUCGAUAGUUCUAGCAGUUUUAGAGCCUACAGACAAGCUCUGGCUGAAACGCAACCGCCGUGUAUUCCGUACAUUGGUCUCGUGUUACAAGAUCUUACAUUCGUACAUAUUGGAAACAGUGAUUUAUUGCCAGACGGAACUAUAAACUUUUCAAAAAGAUGGCAGCAGUUCAAUAUCGUCGAGAAUAUGAAAAGGUUCAAAAAAGGGACAUACUCGUUCAAAAAACACGAACGUAUUAUAACAUUCUUCAACAAUUUCAGCGAUUUCCUCUGUGAAGAGGCAAUGUGGCAGAUUUCAGAGAGCAUUAAACCACGCGGUGGUAAAAAAGCUCAGUCGCAGAACUAGAAUAUAUCUAACCCUUUCACUGCCUGCGUCUCGAAAUCGAAAGGCUGAACCAAUGAAUUAGAAUGUUUAUAUUUAUAGUAAUUAGUUAAAUACUUAAUUGAAAAACCAUACGAAAAUUAUAAAUUAUACAACACUCCGAAGGCGGUGAAAGGGUUAGCUAUAUAGAUCUAUCCCGUUUCAACAGCCUCUGUGAGGUUGUAGUUUACUUUAUGGGGGUUUUAAUAUUCAGUCCAUAAUUGGAGAAGGAAAACAAGAGCUAAGAGCACACAUUUAGAUUAAAUUGA